AUGGAGAACAAAUGGAGUGUGGUGGUGAUGAUGAUGUUCGUUCUGGUGGUGAUGGCUCCCAUUGGAGAAGCAAUAAAUCAUAUAUGUGUAUUUAAAUGUGAAUUGACCUGCCGUGAUCCUGAGUUCAAAACUGAAUGCUUCAGACAGUGUAUGAAGGACUGCGAACAUCGACCUUCAAGCAACUUUCACUCAACUUCACACUCGCAGAUGAAGACUAGAGAGAUGGAAGAAAUGAGAGGAUAA